CAAGUGCACUUGCGUCUCACCGUUACCAUAGCGACUAGUCCUCUCGACUGCAGAUCUUCGCUACCCUGUAAACAUCUGAGCAACUGCAGCUCCGGAGGCCGGGGUCACUGGCGGGUAGGAAACUAUGUGAAAGAAUCUUCUGGUGUCACAAUUUCUGGGUGUCUCUGGAACAUUUGAUCAUCAUUCCUUUGGCAAUUCCAGCCUUCUCUGGAAGGUCAGUAGAAGCAAUUGAUUUAUUCACCUCUACAGGAAUCAGACUCGGCCUAUUUUGGUUUUCAGUGAAUUAUGCCUUUUCGGUUUGGGACCCAGCCAAGGAGGUUUCCAAUGGAAGGGGGAGAUCCUUCAGUUGGGCUGGAGCCUGCGCUGAGCUCCAGUGCUUCCUGUAACGGGAAAGAGAUGUUACUAACCAGGCAACUUCGAAGAUGCCCUGGAAAUCAUUGCCUAACAAUAACUGAUGUUCCCAUCACUGUCUUUGCAACAAUGCAAAAGCCACCUGCACAAAGCAGCAAGGAAAUGCAUCCUAAAUAGCAUCAUUAAGUCUUUUGUAGAGGUUUGACUAGGUCAUGGGUAAUGGACCAGUAUCCUCUUAUGAUCUGGUAAGCAAAUAAAAGUGGUGGCACCUUUGGAUGGUGACAGUAGUUGAAAUAUUUACUUUUUGUAGGGAAAAACCGGAAUGUAGUCUGUAAAACGUGUAGUGAUAAGCCAUCAGUUAUGUUUGAUAGAUAAGACAGAAUAAUAUUUCACAAUUAGAAAGUGCCUUAGAGAUCAUCUUGCUCACAGUGGAUCAUUAAUAUCAACAAUUCACAAGCUUAAGCCACCUUGAUUAUCAGUCAGGAAGGGCCCAUUCUAAAUGCUUAAUGUGUUUUGGGCUGAUUUCCUUUGCUUAUUUUGGGGUUGCUACUUAGCUGAAUCCUUUCACUUGAAUACCCUAAGCCAGUUUCUGUCUUUCUGUAUUUUGAUAAUGUUCUGCCCAGGAAUGAUUAUAUUGGGUGAGAAAUGGAGCCCUGUGGGUUAUGCAUUUUGAAACAAUACCCAAGACUGAAGGAAAUUCUUAGUCCAUGGUUAAUCUGCAAAGCAUAUACACUGCUAUCAUAUGGGAGCUCAGGUUAUUGGUUAAAUUUAUUAUAAUGAGGUCAAGGCUGUGAUUCUAACCCCUAUUUUUCCAGGAAAAAUGAUGUCUCAUCAUCACACUAUUACCUCAAGUCCCAGCCAGUUAUCUUGAAAUUGUCUACAGUUAGUAUUGAGAAACCUCAGAUGGAUCUUUUUAUUCAAUUAGACUUAAGGUUCAGUUUUGAGGUGUAGGCCAGCUCUUUCUGUUUUCUUUUUCUUCUUGUAAUAGUUCCAAGAAACUCAGCUUGCUUUCUUUUCCUCUUGAUGGUUGCCACCCUUCAUCCCAUGAAAUUUUUUUUUCUCCAAAAGACUGACUUUAGUGUCAGAUAUAGUUUCCCCAGUUCUUGUCUACUUUUCUGCUCCUGAAGA